AUGGCACAGAGUAAGGAAAACAGAGAAGAUGGUGAUGACAAGCAGGUGGUCGCGGAGAUCAUGGCAAGAAGCUUUAUUCCAGCUGUGAUAGCGACUGUUUCUUGGGAAGGCUUUCACUUUGCUGGGCAUGAGAUCCGAAUUACCGAGGCCAAGGACUGUUACGGCGCAUUUGUCUGGCCGUCGGCCCUUGUUCUAUGCUAUUUCCUGGAAACACAUGCUAAGCAAUAUGACAUGGUUGAUAAAAAUGUGAUUGAAAUUGGAGCUGGGACAGGGCUUGUCUCCAUUGUGGCAAGUUUGCUUGGUGCUCGUGUGACUGCUACAGACUUACCUGAAUUACUUGGAAACCUGCAAUAUAAUAUUUCCAGAAACACCAAGACGAAAUGCAAGCAUUUGCCUCAGGUUAAAGAGUUAUCCUGGGGAGUGGCCUUAGACAGGAACUUCCCCAGGUCUUCUAACAACUUCGACUACAUCCUGGCAGCGGACGUUGUCUAUGCCCAUCCCUUCCUGGAGGAGCUUCUCAUGACCUUUGACCAUCUCUGCAGAGACACUACCACUAUCCUCUGGGUUAUGAGAUUCAGGCUGGAGAAAGAAAAUAAAUUUGUAGAUAGAUUUAAGGAACUGUUUGACCUGGAGGAAAUUUCUAGUUUCCCUAGCCUGAAUAUUAAGUUGUACAAAGCUAUGAAGAAAAAUCGGAGGAGUGCAUAG